CAGUCAUUUUGUACACAAUGUCGUGAAACUCUAUCGAUUUACAAGUUGCAGGAAGUGAAAAUUUAAGAAUUUCGGUGGAAAAAUAUCGAACAUAGAGAAAAAAAUGGUAGAGUUCACGAAAAUACAUCGAAACAGAAAUAAGAGGAUUGAAGUAAACGACAUUUGAAGUGUGAUAAACCAUGCAACUAAACAUAUUACGAGGAUUUAGCAUCAACAAUCGAACUCUCAUAAUUUUAUUGAUAUUCAUUUUGAUACUCGUAUUUUAUUACACACAUGCUUGUUUUGUGUCGAGUAUUAGUAUAACAAUCAAAAAGACUCCAUUUGGGCGUUUUGUCAAAUCAGAGCCACUAAAUAUACUUGAUGCCAACGUGAACAACGAUUCUUCAUCCAAGUACCAAUAUUUCCGGAAAGGUCUUAAAUUCAACAAACUCCUGCCAACAGCCCUUAUAAUUGGAGUCAAGAAAUGCGGAACUCGAGCGCUUCUAGAGUUUAUUCGACUACAUCCGAAUGUUCGUACCUCCGGAAGUGAGAUACAUUUUUUCGACCGGCAUUAUAGCAGAGGUCUUAACUGGUAUCGAAAGCAAAUGCCAUUGACUGUCGACGGUCAAAUCACUAUGGAAAAAACGCCUAGUUAUUUUAUUACCGAGAGAGUGCCAAUUCGUGUACAUCGAAUGAAUCCAGCAACCAAAUUAUUAGCUGUCGUUAGGGAUCCUGUUACGCGUGCUAUUUCAGAUUAUACGCAAGCUGUCAGUAAAAAGCACAAUGUCAAGCCAUUCGAAGAGCUGGCCUUCAUUAAUGGAACACAAGGUAUUGUGGAUACGAAAUGGGGUCCUGUCAAAAUUGGCGUAUAUUCGAAAUACUUGAAACGGUGGUUGAAAUAUUUUCCACUAAAACAAUUACUUUUUGUCAGUGGUGAAAGACUUAUUAGCGAUCCCGUGGCUGAAAUGGCACGUGUUCAAGAUUUCUUAGGACUUAAACGGGUAAUAAAUGAAAAGUAUUUUUACUUCAAUUCAACUAAGGGCUUUCCAUGUCUCCUGAAGUCUGAAACAAGACCAACUCCACGUUGCUUGGGUAAAACCAAAGGUAGGAAUCAUCCACAUAUUGAUUCAAAUGCAAUUCUUCGUCUUCGAGAGUUUUAUAAACCGUUCAAUAAAAAGUUUUACGACAUGAGCGGAAUAAACUUUGGAUGGCCAUAAUCGUACCUUUAAUAAGAUAAAGUCAAAAAAUCAAAACUCUGUAUUAUCUGAAUACCUACUUGAUAUUUAUUAGAUCUAAGAUAGAUAUUUUACUAAUAUGUAGUACCAAAAAUUUCUAUUUCAUGCGAAUUAUUCAUACAAAAAGCUAAAGAUAGUUUAAUAAUUGUACUAUAUAGAAGAGCUUUUACAAUUACUACAAUAAUAUACAUCUUUUUUGCCUUUACCGUUAAAAUUAUACAUAUAUACAUUAAAAAUAUUACCUAUU